GCGGCACGGUGGGCGGAGCGGCGCUCAGGGUCCCGCGCGGCUGUUCGCUGGCUCUCAAGAGGUUCCGCGACUCUGCUGAUCGCUCGCAGACCCUCGAGUUGAGCUCCGCCGAGCUGCACGCCGACUGCCUGCCUACUCGCCAGCGGCGCCGGACUGGUAGUCAUUACCAGCUGCCUGAUACCCCCUGGCCCCAAUUUCUGCCUUAACCUGAUGUUGGUUCCCUUGAGUCUGGAGUGCGACAUUGGAAGCUCCAGGGUCUUGGAUAUGGACCUUCUUCAGUUCCUGGCCUUCCUGUCUGUCCUGCUACUGUCUGGAACAGCAGUCACAGGCACCCUGAGCACCUCUCUGGACCCGAGCCUGGAGAUCUACAAGAAGAUGUUUGAGGUGAAGCGGCGGGAGCAGCUGUUGGCACUAAAAAACCUAGCACAGCUGAACGAUGUCCACCAGCAGUACAAGAUCCUUGAUGUCAUGCUCAAGGGGCUGUUUAAGGUUCUGGAGGACUCCCGGACAGUGCUCAUUGCUGCAAAUGUGCUCCCAGAAGGACCCUUCCCCCAGGACGAGAAACUGAAGGAUGCUUUCUCCCAAGUGGUGGAGAACACGGCCUUCUUCGGCGACGUGGUGCUGCGCUUCCCAAGGAUUGUGCACCAUUACUUUGACCACAACUCCAACUGGAAUCUCCUCAUCCGCUGGGGCAUCAGCUUCUGCAACCAGUCAGGCGUCUUUGACCAGGGGCCCCACUCGCCCAUCCUCAGCCUGAUGGCCCAGGAGCUGGGGAUCAGCGAGAGAGACUCUGACUUCCAGAACCCAUUUAAAGUAGACCGCACAGAGUUCAUCUCCAGCACUGACCCUUUCCAGAAGGCCCUGAGGGAAGAGGAAAAACGCCGGAAGAAAGAGGAAAAGCGGAAAGAGAUCCGAAAAGGCCCUCGGAUCUCCAGAUCCCAGUCCGAGUUAUAGCCCCUGAGCAGGCCAGGGUUCAAGGGGCCAGGAGGCGGCCAGUCAGGAGGAAGAGGAGGAUGCAGCAGCAUCAGCUAAUGGUGAGAGCUGGCCCAUGUGAGGGGAGGCUGAGUCUGCUCAGCCCCCUGGAGCCAGCUCUGAGCCCCAGCUAAGGGACUGGGCUGCAGAGGGCUGGAUUUCCUCCCUGUGACUUCCGCAGAGUGGUGCCAAUGGAGCCUUCAGAGGGUGCUAGGCUGCACACCAACUGUGGAGAUGCUGCAAAAAGCAGGAGGGAACCUGGGCUGGACUCUCCCAGUGGGUUAGGACCCCUGACUGAUUGGCUGCUGUCCGUUGUGGGAGGCUGCUGUCAUGCCUGCUGUUGGCCCCUCUGUGUCACUGAGUUGCCUGGCACAGGUCUCAGCCCCCUGCAGAAACACAAUAAAAGCCCACUAAUCCUCUGGGCUAACAGAGGCUGGUUUGGGCACCAGGGA